UGUUUCGCGGACUUCCAGCGGGGCGGAGAUAUUUUGGCGCGCUUCACAUUCUCUUCUUCAAGCUUAAUCCCAACUCAACUUUGCCGAAUGUUCUCUACUCACAUGGCUGCUGUGCUUAGAUCCAAACUUUCCGAGGAAACGGCCUCUCAAUUCAGAUACUAUGUAUUCAACUAUAUGCAUGCUAGUCGUAUUGUAAAUUCUCACUUUACGCACCGAACAAAGAGGGAUGAGCACUUCAUAAUCACUCCUUAUCAGUUCACUUCGUCCAAGCCCGUCUUUCACUUUGAAAAAAACGGCACUCAUAUUGUAGAGGGUCGCAGAACGAACCAAAAUCCCAGUAGUAUUUCUCAUAGAAAAACGAGUGAGAAAUGGAGUUGCAGGUCUUAUUUUACUGUUAACUGCGAUGGAGAGCCACCAGUACUGUGGUCUGGGGACGGCGUUAACAUCCGGAUGGACAAUUCGAACUUCAAUAUGGUUGGUGGCGACAGCGGAGGUGAUGGUAGUCUCGGUUCAGGAACUGAUUCUGGCUCGAAUUCUGAGGACGAGUUCUCUGGUGGAUCCAGUUUGGGGAGUAAUAUUCCCACGCCAAAGAAAAUUUGCGAAGGACUCGAUAAAUUUGUAAUUGGGCAGGAGAGGGCUAAGAAGGUACUUUCCGUGGCAGCUUACAACCACUACAAGAGAAUUUUUCAUGAAUCGUCUCAAAAGCAGCCUGCAGGAGAUUCAAGUACCAAUAAGGCUGAUGCUAUUGAUGAAGAAAGAGUUGAACUUGAGAAAAGCAAUAUUCUUCUAAUGGGGCCAACGGGUUCAGGGAAGACAUUACUUGCCAAAACUUUGGCCCGGUUUGUGAAUGUUCCCUUUGUUAUCGCUGAUGCAACUACAAUAACUCAGGCAGGAUAUGUUGGGGAAGAUGUCGAGUCCAUUUUAAGCAAGCUCCUUAUGGUUGCUGACUACAAUGUGGAAGCUGCCCAGCAGGGCAUUGUUUACAUUGAUGAAGUUGACAAGAUCACUAGAAAGGCUGAGAGCAUUAAUAUCAGUAGAGAUGUCUCUGGGGAAGGUGUUCAGCAAGCUUUAUUGAAAAUGCUUGAGGGAACAGUUGUCAAUGUUCCUGAGAAGGGGGCUCGUAAGCAUCCUAGAGGUGACAAUGUUCAGAUUGAUACAAAGAAUAUACUUUUCAUUUGUGGAGGAGCUUUUGUUGACCUGGAGAAAACAAUCUCAGAAAGGCGCCAAGAUUCGUCUAUUGGAUUUGGGGCACCUGUACGUGCAAAUAUGAGAAUAGGUGGUGUCACUGAUGCUGCUGUUACUUCAUCAUUAUUGGAAACCGUUGAAAGUAGUGAUCUUAUUGCAUACGGUUUAAUACCAGAAUUUGUUGGGAGAUUCCCUGUCCUCGUCAGUUUGUCAUCUUUAACAGAAAAUCAACUCAUUCAGGUCCUCACAAAGCCAAAAAAUGCCCUUGGGAAGCAAUACAAGAAGAUGUUCCAAAUGAAUGGUGUAAAACUGUAUUUCACAGAAAAGGCCUUAAGAUCAAUUGCCAGAAAAGCAAUAUCUAAAAAUACCGGUGCUCGAGGCUUGCGGUCAAUAUUGGAGAAAGUAUUAGUAGAUGCCAUGUAUGAGAUUCCUGAUACCAGAGCAGGUGAUGAUGUUGUAGAUGCUGUUGUUGUUGAUGAAGAGGCUGUUGGAAGUGGGGCCAAAAUCCUCUAUGGUAAGGGUGCAUUGGAUCGAUAUCUUUCAGAACACAGACAUAAUCCAGAGGCCAUGGAAAGUUUAGGUGGAGAUAAUGGAGAGGCAGAACUUCCUUCCAUAGUUGCCAGCAUGUAACAUGUCUUGAAGCUUCUGCUGUAUACCAUGUCGGAGCGAUGUUAACUUGGCGAACAAUAUUUGGAAAGUGGAGGAUUCUGGCAUUGUGGGUACGUAAAUGCCCCUAAACUCAAACCGAAUUUCAUCACGCCUACCUUUGCUUGCUCUGAGGUUCACAUAUUAUUAUUAUUAUUGUAAUGUAAUGUAACGGAGUAGAUGGGGGGCAUACAGGCUUUACCAUAAUGAUCUAAAGUGUAGGUGUCUAUUUUGACAUAUAAUGAACCUAUCAUUAUUUUAUUAUUUAUAUCUGAAGACAUCGUCAUAAUAAUGUAUUCCUGAAAUUGAAAUGUCAUCAUGGAUUUUUAAUGCUGUA